GUGAUUCCCAGCUGAUUUAUCGAAAGAAGUGUGUUUGCAGCUUUCAAAUGCACCAAUCAAGGUGCCUCACCUAUGUUUUGAAGGAGCCAAUCAAAAAGCUUGUACCAUAACAGAGUCUAAGCUAUAACUACUGGAGUGAGAUAUAGAGGGCGAUACAACUCCAAGAGGGCGCUAUAACUACUAGAGGUUGCUAUAACUACUAGAGGGCGCUCGCUGUCAGACUGAAGUUCCCCCGAGAAGACGCAAUUCGCUUUUGAAACGGCAACUCCCUGUGAUGAGAUCGCUGAUAUAUUUGAUGGGUGGAAUCAUAUUGGGAGUAUGUACUCAACGCUACAUCUUGCCACAAACCGACAAUUCCCAGACGUCCGUUGGUAACCAUGGCGACGACCGUGGGGAGCAAAACGCCCCCUGCCGUCAAGACGAUAAUCCACCCACUGACUUUCCCGAUCCCAAUUUACGCGACGAAGGGAGUUCUGUGUGGUGCAAAGGAUCCAACCACACCGAUAGGACGUGCAAAUUUCAAAAUCUGUGCUACUCCCCGGGUGAGGAUGAUUUUAUCUUUUUCCAUGGGCCUCAGUCUGUGCUCAACGGGAUCCCGGGCAACUUAGAACCGGCUCUCCUCGAUAUGACCUCUGUGCGCGAUCACAAUAGCUUGUAUUUUACCUAUGUCGACCUAGAGGCGGCGCACCUAGAUUAUUUUGACAACGUUGAUUUCUAUCACGGGGAUAACGUUAUAUUCAACAGAUUCAAUCCAGACAAUUUAAUGCAUGUUCUUCAUGACGACUUGCUUCCAUUGUUCACCACACUAUCGCAAAUCACAUCCUCUGAUGAACAUCUUUUUAAUUUGGAUACCAGAAUAAUCUUAAUGGAAGGUUGGAAACCCGGUGAAUACAAGGAUCUUUAUCAACUUUUCUCUGACGUGCCUGUGGUCUUGAAAUCAAAUUUGAAAUCUACGGAAUCACCUGGAAACAAUCUAAUUUGUUUCCGGAAUGCGUUUCUUGGGUUGUCUAAAUCUACUGUAUGGUACGAUUACGGUUUCACGAAACCACAGGGGAGGGUAGCAAACGUUAAAACAACGGCCACUGAGAUAAGGCAGUUUACGAAAUUUGUCGAAAAACGUCUUGGAAUUGUUUCAGACGACUCCCGAGCUGAAGAAUUUAUAGUAAUAUUGUCCAGAAAGAUCAACAGGUUGUUGUUGAAUGAAGGUGAGUUGAUGUUCGCUCUGAUUCAGCAGUUUGGACUGAAAGUGAUGUCGCUGAGUGUAGAAACCCACGCGAUCAGAGAACAAAUAGAACUUGUGAGUAAAGCUUCCGUUCUUAUCGGAGUGCAUGGAUCAUUGAUGUCGCUUUCCAUGUUUCUUCGUGAAUCGGCAGUUGUUAUAGAGAUCUUUCCGUACGCAGUGAACCCGGAAAAGUAUACGCCUUACAAAACCAUGGCAACGAUUACCGGGAUGAAUCUAGUUUACAGAGCAUGGCGAAAUACCAAAGUUGAAAACACCGUGACCCAUCCUGAAAAUCCUCCUCAUCUGGGUGGGAUACAACAUCUUAGUGAUGACGAACAGGAAGUGAUAACACAAAGCAAGGAUGUGCCAGUACACCAAUGCUGCAGUGACCCACAGUGGUUAUAUCGUAUUUACCAAGAUACAGUCGUCGACAUAGGAGAAUUUAUCGAAACUUUAAAAAGUGCUUUCUCGGAGAGAACGUUAGAAAGUGGAAAUACUUCGGUAAAUCUCUACCCAUCUAAAGUAAAAAAUGUGACGUGCAACUUAACACGGACGCCGGAAGAUUAUUCGAAUUUACCCAGUGAGGAAAUCUGGGAUAAUCCAGCUUUGGCUUUAUCUUGGAUACCACCAUGGAAUGUAAAAUAUCUAACAUAUGAUAGCAUUAAAUAUGAGGUGUGGAUACAGGAGAGUGGGCGCAGCGAUUAUUCUGCUUGGGUUGUAUCGGUCACGGAGUAUAAAUUCACAAAGCACAUAAAGCAGGAUACAUCGUACAAUGCAUGGGUUCGAUGCAUUCUUAAUGAUACUAUUGUGGGCCCGUUUGCUGGCGCAGUAGUGUGUUCGUAA